AUGGUUGCCAAUAUCUGGACAGGCAUGGGCGCCUCUUCAGUCAGGGAGGUCGUUGACAUUCACCCCAACAAAAGCUGUCGAUCGCGACAACUUGGGACCAAGUCGAUUCCGCACAUCUUCCACAUCCACCCAACAUCCACCUUUUCAUUCCCACGCACUAGCUUACCCACAAAGGACCCUACUUCCAUCGUCAUAUCCAAACCCAUAUCAAAUGCAGUAAAGCGAAACGCACACCCCUACUACGCCAUGACAACAUCCACAGUCACCGUUUCCUGCUCUUCUUCCUCACCGCACCACCAGGUCCAUAUUACCACGCUCACACAGCACCACCACAUCCCAUCUAUGCCUUCGCCGAGUGCUCAGGUGUCCCCAACGAAAUAUAAGCUCCCUACAGGCCUAGUAGGAGCUUGA